AAGCACUGAAGAAAAUUGAGAAAAAUAUUUGAUUACGAUAACGCCGCUAACUGCUUUUGUAUCGUAUCAUGGCGGACAGGUAUGACAGCGAUUACGGUUCUAGGUAUGGCAAUCGAGAUCACUUUUCCAAGACUUCUCGUCCUCUGCCAACUGAACCACCAUUCACAGCAUUUGUAGGAAAUCUUCCUGAUGGUGUUGUGCAAAGUGAUAUCGAUGAAAUUUUCAAGGCGGUCGAAGUCAGUAUUAAGAGUGUUCGUCUUGUCCGAGACAAGGAGACGGAUAAAUUCAAGGGAUACUGCUAUGUGGAAUUAUAUGACCUGGAGUCUUUAAAAAAAUCACUGGAGCUUGACUCAUGUCUUGUCCAAGGAAUGCCCCUAAGGGUAGAUGUCGCCGAAGGACGAAGAAGUGACCGUGGUGGUGGCUUUACAAACAGGCAGCGCGGAGGUGGAGGUUUCGAGAGGGGCGGAGGUCGAGGAGGGCCCCGAGAUGGUGGGCGCUUUGGCGACCGAGGUGGACGUCCAGGUGGAGAUCGCGGCAUGGGCGGCGGCGGCAUGGGUGGUUACCGCGGUGGCGGAAUGGGUGGCGGAGGCUUCACUGACCGUGAUCGUGAAUUCGACCGGUCUCGGAGGGGAGGUCCAGGUGGUCCGGGUGGCCCAGGAGCGCCAGGCGCCCCAGGAUCAUAUGCAUCAAGGGGCGGCCCACCCCGGGACAGGGGACCUGCCACAGAAGAGUUUCGGGAACCCACUUCAGAAGAAGCAUCACAUCGGCCCCGAUUGAAGCUUUUGCCCCGCACAGUGGCUGCACCAGUUGCCGACAUUGCCGACACAUCAAACCGCUCGGCCAUAUUUGGAGGGGCCAAGCCACGCGACGAAAAGGCCUACGAGAAGGCUCGUAAGACAUCUGAAGGCGACUCCCAGAGUGCUGAAGGGGAUGAGGACUAAGCAAGUAAAGCACUUCUAGAGCUCAGCAUGUGUUACUCUAACUCUGUCAUUUAUGUCGAUUGACAGCUUUUGUACUCUUAAUUAAAAAAAAAAUAAAGAAUCACAGUCUCCAGUCGACAGUUUGCACUUC